CGCUAUCGUGCGGCGGGCGGUAGACCCGUCAGUUUAGCUUUUAAAUCGAUCGUGUCAUCAUGCUCGCCGUCCGCCGCGCCGCCGCCCGUGUCCAAGUGUCCGCCUUCUCUGCUGCCAUGCCUUCCCGUUCGUUCUCGGACAAGUUCGCCGAAAAGGAGCGUGCCGAAGAAGCUCGUUACUUCAACAAGGAAGAUGAACGCGCCCUUCGCAAGCUGCUCUCCAAGUUGAAGGGCCAAGCCGAUGCCGCCGACACCCAAGGCGCGCAGACCCAAGAAUCGAUCGAAAAGAAGGAAUUGACCCAAAUCCUCGGCGCCAACACGCCCGCCGCCACCAUCGAAGCCUUGAUCAAGUGGAAGCACCACCACCACUAAAUCCUCGUUCCACUCCUUACAGCAUGGUUCAAUCGAACCUCCUUAACGUAUCGGAAUCGAACGUGGUCUCUAUGUA